GCGUACGGGACAGAGUUCAUUAAUCUUAUCUUGUGUCACAUCACUUUACGAUUACGUUAUUGUAAACGCUUUUGGCUUCUCCCUAACACGCAGCCCGGCUUUUAGUUGCGUUGAAAGCAGAUUUCGACAUUACUAUGUCGACACUCAACAUCUACGCUGGAAACGCCUUCGCUUAGAGAGUAUAAUUGAGCUUAGAUAAAUAUUAAAGAACGAGAAUAGACUGAAGUUGAAGUGUUGAAAUCACGAGACUGCAACUUGAGUCAUGCUGAAGACCGCCCCUUACUUAAACAACCGAAACUGAAACACAAAAGAAAGACAUAAUUUGUCAUUCGAGCACCGUCUAAACUUGUCAUAAGAAUAAGCACUGAAAACAGGAGUUUACAAAACGCUAGCAACAGCCAACCGAUCCAACAAAUACUUCCUUUAUAUGAAACUUGAGAAGAGGAAAUGGAAAUACUCAAAACAGUCAAGUCAAUAUUGACGAAGAAUUGAAAAUGUUGAUGAAGAACAUUCUUUUAAUUCUGUAAUGAAUCAUAUAAUUCAUUUUGACCCAUUGUGAAUUGCAUUGUAGGAAAGUACCUCAGUCUGGUGAUCGUUGUCAAUGAUGUCAGUGAACAACUGGCACCUACAGUCUAUUCUCAUGACUUCGUGGUAUCUACAGUUCGGUCUUGCUGCCAUGACCGGCCAAACAACCGCUGUUUACAGGAACGCUAUCGACAGCUUUUAUGUCGGAAUCAAUGGCUGCAAAAUUGAUGCAAAUGUGUGCAGCAGAUUUUCCCGAUGUCAAAAAGAUGGUUCCUGUUUGUGCACAUUUGAAAAUCCUUCUUUCUAUAACGACGGUGUUCGAUAUGGAUGUGUUGCCAACACGGACAAGCGCUUGACAACAAUAGCUACAGAUCCCCCAAAGGAAGAGAAAUGCUUGCAAGUGCGUGGUCAUAUAAUGACACACAAUCCAAAACAUCGGUCGGCACUCAACACCCACAGGAAUUCAAUGAGGAACUGUCGCUUCGAGAGAGCACUGGUGAAGUUCCCGGACAUAAUCCGUGACAGCGAGCAAUCUUGGCUCAACACGUCCUACGUUGAAUUAAGAGCACAAAAAAAUAACGUAACUUUAAAAUGGCUAAAACCCGUACCUCAGUUGAAAGGCACGAUCGUUACAUUACAAUUCAUAUGUCCUUCAACUUCCGAUCGCACAACCGACCAGUGUGUGAAAGCAAAAGUUUUAGGUGCAUGGCAUAAAGCAAGCACAAGAGAAUGUGCAAAUGUUAGCUGGAGGUUGAGUUUUGACUCGAGAGGCUGGUCCAUAUGCAAGAACAAAUAUCAUUUCAUCACCGGAUUUCGUCGUAGCACUGCAAGAAAAAAUGAUCCCAUUUAUCUUUUGGAGGAUGCAAGGUGCUGUGAAUCAACACAAACAUACGAUAACGAGCCUGGCGUGUGCCGGAUAGCUAAUUGA